CUGAAGGGGACCAAAAAAUCAAUCAAUAUAUACACAUGUUUCCACCACCAUUUUCUCAAAAUUGAAUAGUUUUGGUUUCUCCAUUUGAUUAGAUUCUGUGUUUUUUUUUUCUUGUAAACCAACCACCAUGAUAAGUUCUCAUCAAGAAGAAUGGAUACUUACACUUGUAUCGUCGUGAUCCUCUGCAUAUCCUUGUUUUUAAUCAAUCUAGUGUUUUCUUGUUGCACUUGCUUUUCCAUUUUACAUAGCUUCAUGACAAAGACAAACCAAGAUUUGAGUGAACUCAGGGAGAAUCUUAUUGAACCGGAAGAAGCUGAACCAGAGGACAACGUAAUCAUCAUUGCAGUCUCAAGUAACCAAGGAUUCUCUGACUCCAUCAAUGAUUGUGGCCAAGAUUGCUCUCAUGAAAUUUGUGCUUGUUGAAGAAAAGUUGGUUUCUAUUUUCAUCACACACUUCUUAUAUUUUGCAAAUUUUCUUGUGUUAUUCCUCCUACUAGUAAAUUUGCAAAUUUUCUUGUGUUAUAGCCUGAACAUAUGUAUUAUACUAUCUGUAUAUACAUAGGUUACCAUGUGUACAUGCUCUGUAAUGGUCUUCUUCUUCUUUUUGUUUUUGGGUAUUUUUAUUGUGCAGUAUAUACCAUCGAAAGUAAUAUAAAG